AUGACCGUGGUCGCGAGCGAUGCGCCGAUGCUCGUGCUCUUUAUCGUGGGGUGGUACCUCCCACCGGUGCUCUGGAUCUACUACCGCCGCGCCCGCCACAUCUGCCUCAAGUACCGGCUUCCACGCCGCACCAUCGUGCCCAUGCUACUCUUCACGGUUUAUGCGAUCGUGAUGCCAGCAACAAGCGUCUUUGGGAAGGACUGGCCGAGCAUUGGGAGCUACGUCCUGACUUUUAUCGUGAUUCCGAUGGCACUGGUCUUCUUUAUCAUUACCGAGACCAUGAUUGUUGUGCUCUUCCAAAUCACCGAGCUGCUCAUGCUGCCCCAGUCCAGCACGCCGCGCAAAGUCCGACGACUCAUUUUGUACCGAUGGCUGCUGCACCCGCCGAUUCAGAUCUUCCUCGCCGCACUCGUCCUCGUCGGGCUCGUCACACCCUUCUUGCGUGUGGAUGCCAAGACACUCUUCCUUCCCGACGCGGUCGGGACGGUCUCGCCGCAGUACCAGGAGUUGACAUUGAUCCUCAUUGUCGAAGUCGUCUGCCUCCUCCUGCUCGUGCUGAUCCUCUCGUGGUACAUCAGCCACGUCGUCGACAACUUUGGGCUCCGUCGCUCGUACCAACAGACCUUCCGCGGUAUCAUCCUCAUCCUUGUCCUCAUUGUGCUUGCGCGCGUCGCCGCAGACGGCGUACAGGACGACACGCUCCGGAGCUGGAGGCUCCCGAGCUUCUUCUCGGUCGUGGGGGCGCAUACGAUGCUCUAUUUUCAUGUCUUCUUGCCCGUGCGCGCGAUGCGAGCGUCACGCGACGCCACGCUGCGCCGCGUGCAGCGGUCACCGUCGCGGAUCCAUCCGCACAGCAUGCUCGAGAAGAAGGCGAUUUUGGAAAAGUUCUUGAUGGACGAGCACCGGUUCCGGAAUUUUUUGACGUUUGCGCGCAUGGAGUAUACGACCGAGCCGCUUCUGGCGCUGCAAGCGAUCACUGCCUUUGAAGCCGGCGAGCCAUCGCUCAGUGCCGCCUCGCGCCUCGUGGCGCAGUGCCUCUCGCCCCGCUGCGAGCUCGAGACGGAGGUCGGCAAGCGAUUAAGUCUUGCGUACCACGACAAGCUCGGCGACUUACGCAACGCCGACGCACCGCGGACGCCGCCUCAGUUCUUCCACGCGUUUCGCCAAGAGCUGUUGGUGUGGAUUCUGCACGAACUCGUGCCCGCGUUUACGGAACACCCGCUCGGCGUCGAGUACGUGGCGUUCAUGAGGCUCGAAAAGUCCAUGGACCGGCUCAACGUCGUCUUGGCGUGCGUUGAAGACUUGGACACGAGCUAGGAAAAACACCUUGAACGAUUUGCG